AUGCUUCCACUGUUUGUGUUGUCGCUUGUUUCGCUCUCCACUGCAGCCUCUUCCAUCCGGUGGAAGAACUGUACCCUGGAGAAUUUCCCACAAUUGUUGAACAUUGGGCUGCCUGCUGAGUACGCCCCCUUGGUAGGACCCGCGCCCGGCCUCGACUGUGCUGAACUCCAGGUGCCCCUGGACUGGAGCCGUCCUCAUGGAGAGACCAUCACCCUGGGCAUGUCAAGAUACAGAGCUCCCGGCUCCGGAAAGCGAAAUGGCAGUAUCAUAUACAACCCGGGUGGGCCAGGAGGUGUUGGCUCGAUAUCUUCGAUGGGACAAGCUAUCGGCAUUCCUUUCUAUACAAACGGAACGAUCAAGAACUACGACGUGAUUGGACUCGACCUGCGUGGGAUUGGCAUGAGCACACCGGUCAAGUGUGACCCAACACUGUACAACAAACGCGCUUCGCUGUUUCCCUCGACCGAGGCAGAAUUCAAAGCACUGGUGGACUCAAACCGAGCAUUCGGCGAGAGCUGCCGCAACAAGACCGGCGCUUUAUUCUACAACCUCGACACCGCCAGCGUUGCAAGGGAUCUCGAGGCCGUUCGCAUUGCGCUCAGGGAAGACAAGUUGAAUUUGAUCGGACUCUCUUACGGCACUCAGAUCGGAGCCCAGUAUGCCGAGUUGUACCCCGAACACGUUGGGAGACUGGUCCUCGAUGGGAACGUCGACCACUCGCAGACCGAAACAACCGCCCUGCAAACCGAAUCCUCCGCCUAUGAGGAUGCCCUCAAUCACUUCUUUGUCUGGUGCAAUACCACCGCAACUACAGAUGAAUGCCCGCUCAAGGGCCAAAACCUCCCCCAGAUCUUCGACGACCUCGUCACCCUCGCUGAUGCAUCCCCUAUUUCCGCACCCGGGUGCAGAGGAAACCAGAGCACCUGCCGCCCGUUCGUGACAGGUGAAGACAUCCGCCUGAACGUCCAAGGAAACGGAUACCUGAACUUCGUAGAACCUAUCUCCACCAGGGAAACCUCGAGCUGGCCAAACCUAGCGCAGGUUCUCAACGAAACCAUCGCCGGCAACGCCACGGGUCUCGCCUCCACGAUAGCCACCAGCGAGACUGACCCCUCAUACCCCUCUCUCGCAGUCGGGUGCCUCGACUGGCCACACAGCUCCACAACUCUGUCGCAGCUCAAAUACAAAUCCCAGCUCGGCCACUACCUGGCACCGCACACAAAGGGCGCUACCCAGUCCUACCUCUACGAAGCCGGCUGCAUUGGCUGGCCUGCACCCGUGACGAACCCGCCUCACACACUCAACCAGACUGCCAUGGCGAAGGCGCCGCCGAUUCUGAUGGUUAACGCCUACCAUGACCCCGAGACUAGCUAUGUCUGGGCACAUGGCCUGCUAGCACAGAUUCCGUCGGCGGUUCUGCUGACGAGAGAUGGGAGUGGCCAUACAUCUUAUUCUCUGGGUGGUGCGGCGUCCAGGGCGAUUGAUGCUUUCCUUACUAAUGGGACGCUCCCGGCGCCGAAUACCGUUGUGAAAUCGUGA